AUGAAGGACAAGACUAAUGAGGAGAGGAAUGCAGAGGUGGAGAGAGCCAAAAAGUCCCUCCGAGGCAGAACCUGGGACUACAACGUCAUGGUCAAGUGGGACCCCGAUGAGGCUUCCAGACAGGCUCUGCUGGAAGACCUUCGUGAAAGGCAAUUUUUAAUCCUAAAUGAUCCCAUGGAUGCACAGGCUGAAUCCAGUCACAGACCGCCAGGCGCUGCAGUGGAAAUCCACAACAAAAGGCAUGAUCAGCCGACUCUCCAAGACUGCCAGAGAGUCCUCAGAGUAUCGCAGGCAGACAUGCUGGACAUCCACAGGAAGCUCCUGGAUCAGCAGGAUGUGGAAGAGGACCAAAGGACGCUGUUCCGGUACUUCUGCGGAGCCAUCCUGGUCCUGAGAUACUUCCUGCGACCAGAAGCAGUGAGGGCAUUUAAAGCUUCAGACUGGAUCAACAAGAGAAAUGUUGAUGGACGAAUUCACAUGGAGGUGCAAUCCACAAAGCAUAGUGCAACAUUUUCCCUCACAGAGGAGGACUCUGCUAUGCUCGACGCAUACUUCCAGAAGAUUCGUCCAGGAUGUCUACAGGACAGUGAGGACGACCAGGGCAGAUUUUUCCUGUCCAAACAAGGGCUGCCAGUUGGCAGUGUCACAAGUGACAUUGAUAUAUGUUCUGUUUGUCAGCUACUUCCAAGCUCUUCUUCUGUUGAGCCGGCCGAUGAGAGGAGAAGUCGGAAACCGAAGAGAGGCAGAGGCGCAGCUGACCAGGAUGACAGGGACUUUGGAGCAUUUCUCCUGCAGUUUCCAGCAACGGCGAGUAGCAGCCCGCCCACACAAAAAGAAGCGGAGCGCUGCGGGGUUUCCACCUGA